AAAUGUUGUGGCGAUGGCAAUAAAAUAUUGUUUCAACGUGGCUGAAAUUCAUAAUCGGUGUUGGAAAUGACAACAAUGAUUAUGGAGGUUGACAACUCAUCCAGUAGUCCCAACACCUCUAGUCCCCUUCCUAUUCCUCUCUCGAAUUUUUCAGCUGUGUCCGUUCGAAAUGGAUCCCACAGCUCCCUUAUGAGGAAAAACGGAACGACUGCAAAGAAGCUAAACAUCAAGAAUGCAAAAGUGAUUGGCCCAGUGUUGCCGGACAACUUUUACGGGCGCAGCUGGGUUGAACUGAAGGAAGCGAUAGACGCCAUACACGACUCCAAACCCACUAGUGUAAACCUGGAGACGUUGUAUGACCGCGUGAAUGACAUCUGCACACAUAAUCUGUCGGCCAGACUGUAUGAUGACCUGAGACUGGUGUGUCAUCAGAGAGUGUCCCACACUGCCAAACAGCUCUGUGACCAGCUGUCACUUCAUAUGGACCAGUUCCUCACACAGGUGGGCACAGCGUGGGAGCUUCACUGUCAACACAUGGUCAUGAUUAGAAGCAUCUUUCUGGUCAUAGACAGGAAGUACACAUUACAUACUGCAGGAGUGAACUCCAUCUGGGAGAUUGGACUGGAGCUGUUCAGACAGUGCGUACUGUGUGACAAUGGCAAGGCCAUUUGUGUGAGGACAGUGGAUGGUAUUUUAGAGUUAUUACAGAAGGAAAGAAACGGAGAACUUGUCAACUCCUCCCUCAUCAAGUGCCUCCUCCGAAUGCUAUCAGACUUGCAUGUGUACAGCAGCAUGUUUGAGAAACGAUUUGUGGAUGCGACUGAGCAUUUGUACAGGACAGAGGCACUCCAUCUUAUAUCCACCCUAGACAUAACAGAGUACCUCAAACGUGCUUCAAAACGUCUACAAGAGGAAGAAGAGAGAGCAUCCAGGUACCUGGACCAUUCGACUCGUAAACCACUCAUAAGGACAGUAGAGAAACAGCUUCUGGAAGCACACGUCGACGAAAUACUGGCCAAAGGUUUCUCGACACUACUCGCGGAAGGAAGAUUGGAGCAAUUGAGACUCCUGUUCGACCUAUUUCAGAGAGCAAAGGCUCUUCAACAGAUUAAGUCUGCCUUCUCAGAAUACAUUAAAUUGACAGGGUCGAACAUAGUGAUGAAUGUGAACAAUGAUGAGCAGAUGGUGUCUGAAUUACUGUCUCUCAAGGAAAAAACAGACUCAAUUGCUACCACUUGUUUUGCAGGUCUCGACAUGUACACGCUUGCAAUAAGGGAGUCUUUCGAAUCGUUCAUCAACAAGAGAGCGAACAAACCGGCUGAGAUGAUUGCAAAGUUCAUAGACACGAGACUGAAAUCGGGCAACAAAGAGAGCUCGGAGGAGGAGCUGGAACGUCUGAUGGACAAAGUGAUGGUCAUCUUCAGGUUCAUCCAUGGCAAAGAUGUGUUUGAAGCGUUCUACAAGAAGGAUCUGGCAAAGAGACUGCUAGUUGGCAGAAGUGCUAGUGUCGAUGCAGAGAAAUCGAUGCUGUCCAAACUCAAACAAGAAUGUGGUGCUCAAUUCACAAGUAAACUGGAAGGAAUGUUCAAAGACAUAGAACUGUCGCGUGAUAUCAUGACCAACUUCAGACUGCACAUGGAGAGCAGAGUCACGCCUACGAAGAAAUCAACACCACCAACAACAAAUGAGUCAACUGAAGAGGAGUCACGUGAUCGUCAAAUGGAUGACGUCAUUGAGGAUGAGUUCGUGGAUGAAAUGCAGAUAAAAAAAGAAAAACUGGACCUUGCGGAUCCGGUAACUAGCAACAGUAGCAGAAGGUCAUCCAGAGAUGUCAACAGUGCCGAUGUCAUUCCUGGCUCAGCAGUGUCAGGGGAAAUUGAAUUGAUAGUAAAUGUUCUCACCAUGGGAUUCUGGCCCACUUAUCCCCCAGUUGAGGUCAACCUUCCAAAAGAGAUGGAGCAGUACCUGGAGUGUUUCAAGCAGUUCUACCUGGCCAAGCACAGUGGGAGGAAACUCAAGUGGCAGAGCACUCUUGGCCACUGCAUCGUCAAAGCCAGAUUUAACACUGGUGUGAAAGAACUGCACAUGUCACUGUUCCAAGCCCUCGUGAUUCUCCAGUUCAACAAUGGGUCCUCCUUCGCCUAUCAGCAACUGAAGGAGCUGACUAACAUAGAAGACAGUGAACUCACCAGGACUGUACAGUCGCUCUCUCUGGGCAAGAAGGACUCAAGGAUAUUGAAGAAGGAUCCACUAGACAAGGAGGUCUCGCCAACUGACAGGUUUUCGAUAAUCACUGACUUCCAAAACAAACACUACCGCAUCAAAAUCAACCAGAUUCAGCUGAAAGAGACAAAACAGGAGGCAGAAACAACACAGGAGCAGGUGUUUGCAGAUAGGGUCUACCAAGUAGACGCUGCCGUGGUGCGAAUCAUGAAGACCAGAAAGAGCCUCUCCCACAACGAACUAGUGUCCCAACUUAUACACCAGUUACGCUUCCCCGUUAAGGCGAGUGAUCUGAAAAAGCGGAUUGAGAGUCUGAUAGAACGAGAAUACAUGAAAAGAGACGUGGAAAACGUGAACAACUACAUCUAUGUUGCCUGAAGACUCACGAACGGCUGUCCCUUUUAUUCAUUUUCGAAUCCCUACAACCGAGUUAGAUCUGGAUCAAACAGACUUUCUGUUGCAAUAAUUGCUCACUCAAUUAAACUAGCAGCUCGUCGCAGGCACCAAUCAUUUUGCAUUAGAAUACAAAAAUAAAGAUUAGACGAAAAACUGAAUCAUAGACAUCUAAUGCUAUUAUUAUUGUUGUUUAUAGUUGAUGUAUAUUUAUGAACUCUUCCUGUCUCCUUAGUUGCUCAUUUACAUUUUUGUUUUUAACACAA